CGGAUAGACCCCCGCACCUGACCAGAGAGUCGCAGGCAGCGGCCAGCGGAGCGCGCUCGACGCUGGGUUGAAGGGGCGGUGGCGAUCGGGAGGUCUGGCCCCGCGGACCGAGCUCCUGGCUCGGGCAGGGUCUCACUAAUUUGCUGAGGCUGACUUUGAACUUGCGAUCCUCCUGCCUCGGCCUCCCAAGCUGCUGGGAUUACAGAUCCCAUCUGCAAGGCAGCCAUGAGCCUGGUGACCUUUGAAUGCCUGCCGGGCCCAGGUCUGGAGCCUGAGCCCUGUUCAAGAGCACGGUCCCAGGCCUCUGUAUACCUAGAGCAGAUUCGCAACCAGGUGGCGGUGGGAGCACCUGACAUGACCAAGCGUGACUACCUGGUGGAUGCAGCCACGCAGAUCCGACUGGCCCUGGAGCGUGAUGUUAGUGAGGACUACGAGGCAGCCUUCAACCACUACCAGAACGGGGUGGACGUGCUGCUCCGUGGCGUGCACGUUGAUCCCAACAAGGAGCGGAGAGAGGCUGUGAAACUCAAAGUCACAAAGUACCUGCGGCGGGCUGAGGAGAUCUUCAACUGCCACCUGCAGCGGACGCUGGGCAGCGGAACCAGCCCCAACACGGGAUUCAGCAGCCUGAGGCUCCGGCCCAUCCGCACACUGAGCUCUGCCCUGGAGCAGCUGAGGGGCUGCAGGGUGGUUGGGGUCAUCGACAAGGUGCAGCUGGUCCAGGACCCAGCAACCGGAGGGACCUUCGUGGUGAAGAGCCUGCCCAGGUGCCACGUGGUGAACCGGGAGCGGCUGACCAUAAUCCCACAUGGAGUGCCCUACAUGACAAAGCUGCUGCGGUACUUUGUGAGUGAGGACUCCAUCUUCUUGCACUUGGAACAUGUGCAAGGAGGCACUCUCUGGUCCCACCUACUCUCCCAGACGUACCCCCAACAUUCUGGGCUCAGGUCUGGCUCCACCCAGGAGAAGGUGAAGGCCCAGCUCAACACCAGCCUCAGCCUCGGUCUCCUGACCCCAGCGCAGCUCCCCCCAGGCCACACCCUUGGGCAGGCCAACAUCCCUCUGGAACCUCCAUGGACUUCUCAGAGCCUUCCUGCUGCCAGGGAGGCCCCCUCCCUCAGACCCCAGCGAGAAGCUGAAAGUGAAUCCACAGGCGAGACCAGCAUUUCCUGCUCCUUGGACCUCACAAUAGCCCCCAGGGGCUUGCACCUGCAAGCCAGGUGGGCUGGCCAGAGUUCAGACCCUAGGUCCCCUUGGGGGCUCCCUUGGGUUCGCAAGGGGGCUGGCCGGGUGCUUGGGGGCUGUGGCCGAGGCAGAGGUCAGAGCCACCCAUCAGCGUGCAGGGCCAGCCUAGGGGGCGGUGGGGCUGUCUGGAGCGUGGAGGAGGAGAAGGUGAAGCAGUGGGCGGCUGAGAUGCUGGUGGCACUGGAAGCACUACACGAGCAGGGGGUGCUGUGCCAGGACCUCAACCCCAGGAACCUGCUCCUGGACCAGGCAGGUCAUAUCCGGCUCACAUAUUUUGGCCAGUGGUCAGAGGUGGAGCCCCAGUGCUGCCGGGAGGCUGUGGACCGUCUGUACAGUGCCCCAGAGGUGGGUGGGAUUUCUGAGCUGACUGAAGCCUGUGACUGGUGGAGCUUUGGGUCGCUACUGUAUGAACUGCUGACGGGAAAGGCAUUGUCACAGAGCCACCCCUCAGGAUUCCAGGCCCACACCCAACUCCAUCUGCCUGAGUGGCUCAGUCCCCCAGCAGCCUCCCUGCUGACUGAGCUGCUACAGUUUGAUCCCACUCGACGCCUGGGUGCUGCAGGAGGUGGAAUCAGCAAACUCAAGUCCCACCCCUUUUUCAGUACUAUCCAGUGGAGUAGACUAGUGGGGUAAUGGGGUGAAGUGGGUGAUGGUAGCAGCUGAACAAGUCUGGAUGCCUGCCUGCCUGCCAGGGCUGGUCCCUCUGAUCAGUGGACUGCAGGUGAAGAAUGAAGGGCAGCUUUCUUUCCUGGUCAGCUCCCUGCAUGGGCCUCAGAAGCAAUUAUCACCACUGCCCCAAAAAGGCCAGCCUCUGGAGAAGCUGCAGAGGGGCAGCAAGGCUCCCCCUGCUAAGCAGCCUGACCAGCCUUCCACCCAUCAAGCCAGCAGACACCUGUUGAGUGCACACCUUGUACCCUAACACAGACCUACCACGUUAAAGGGCGCCUUCUGUGACACUGGCUUUGAACUAUGGACCACCUGCUGAGCCCACCAGGAGGUUUUGUGAAAUAUUUCUUCAUUACCGUGCUGUGCCUGACUCAGGACAUCUCUGGGGACUUGUCACAGGGUACUGAUCCACUGGCUGCUCAGUAGACCCAAACCAGGGCCAACCCUGGCUGUCUUCUUAGUCACACAGCAAGCUGCUACUAGUUGCUUCCAUCAGAAGCAUAGGGGUGGAGAACCUGGGAAGCAGGGGAGAAGGUGCAGGACUGGAUGAUCCACUCUUAAUUCCUGUCCAGGACCCCUCUGUGGUGAUUUCAGACUUAGGAAAGCAAAAGGGAGGGGAGAAACUAAGAGAGGAUAAGGUAGAAUAGGAUGGGGGCAGGGGGUACACAGUUUUGCCAUUUAGAUCAAGUUUGAAAACAAUGAAGAGCUUUUUUAGCUGAGCUUAGUGGCACAUGCCUGUUAUUCCAGUGACUCAGGAGCCUGAAGCAGGAGGAUUACAAGUUCAAGACCAGGUUGGGCAACAUAAGUCUCAAAAAAAGUAGGUAGGGGUGCUGGGUGGAGAGGUUGGAGAUGUAGCUCGGUGGUACAGCAGCCCCUGGGUUCAAUAUCCAGCACAGGGGGAAAAAAUUUUUUUUUCUUCCCCAGCUGCCAGCUGGCCCACCUGUCAGGGGAGCCUGCCCCAGGUUCCGAGAGGGGCUGAAGCAGCUAAGACAGGUUAUGCCUGUGUGAGGAUUUUCUCAGGCAUUGGUUCUGUUUACCGUACUGCAUUUUGGUUGUGAGGUUCUACUCAAUUCACGGCCCACUGUGACUUCAUCCCUGUUUGGAAUAAGAAAUCAUGAAACACAUAAAACGAUUAUUCACUUCUUUUAGUCAGAAGCAAGUUUCUGGUCUCCAACGAACUGGGUAAGUGGGCACCCUAAAGAACCCAGGUAUGAAGGUCCCUCUCACACAAGAACCAACUUCCACUAAACCUCUGCCCCCAGCUCCUUCCUGCCAGUGUCUCCAUCACCACCAGGUGGCGCCUCUGGAGGACCAACUCACUCUCAGGUCAGACUUGGUGUCCUGGUCCAAGGUUCCUCAGCUUUUCAGGACCCUGGGGCAGAGGGCAAGGAAAGCACAGCCUGUGUGUGAUUCUCUGUACCCGUGCCCAGGCACUGGCCCACCCCCUAAUAAAGCCUGCUCUUC